AUGGGUGAAUUUGUGGAGCAUAGUCUCGAAAGUUUGCUGCCAACUUUUGAGCAACUCAGUUACGUCCAGCUUUUCACUGAGUCUGAGGUCAACGCUUUCAUAAAGCGAUGUCGGCAAUUUGAAUACAGACUGAAUAAACAUGAAAAAACUCCUCGUGAUUUCAAUCUCUAUGCCGAUUAUCUUUGCGACUUUUUGACUCUACUGAAGGCUAGAAGAGUGAAAAUGCAAUUUUGGGAGAAAAAGAAACUGAUCGAUGUACCUAUGCGAAAGAAAGUUGCCAGCAUAUACAGACGUGCAGCUGAUCGUUUCCAGGUAUAA